AUGCAUUAUGGUUUCUUGCUUCUCGUGAGCGUUGGUCGAUUCGGCUGCUUCGGUUAUGGAGCUGCAUCUCGCCGAGAGUGCAGUGUAUUUGAGCGAAGUUUAGUGAGCAUUCCUGUCCUGUCCGAUGCUUCCAUCGUCUUGCCAACCAGAGUAUCAGGCUCUCUUCGAGAGUUCUACUUCGUUACUUUCCCUGUCCGCUAUCCUCUUCGAGGGUGCGGUGUAUCUAUUCGACCGUCUGUAGAGGGGCUCGCGCAAGCGCUCUUCGAGCGUCUUGUCUUUUCCUUUUGUUCUUUAGUCCCAGACGUUUGCCGCUAUCCUUUCGAGGGUGCGGUAUAUCUCAGCAGAUAUCGUGUCUCUCUUCGAGAGUUCGAUGGUCUGCUGGACCUUGUUCCAGCUCUCUUAGAGAGUCUGGUCGCGUUAUCCCAGCCGCUAUCUCCUUCAGGGUUGCGGGUUAUCUUAGCAGAUGUCGGUGAGUACACUAGCCUAUUUCCAAGCAUCAUGCCAUGUCAACAUACUGAUGAUAAUAUCAGUGUCUCUCUUCGAGGGUCUGGUCUCCAACCCCUUGCCGUGUCUCCUCGAGAGUCCGGCCUGCUUCUUGUGUGCGCUUGUGCCGGCUCUCUUCGAGAGUUCCGGUUGGUUAUAUUCUCUAUCGACCGACUGAAUCCACCGCCUCCUUCUGUCUCCGUCUCUCCACCUGUCAGACAGUACGCAUCUUGGGCACAUGUUCAGGGCAGCGGAGCCGCACGACAAUCCAAUCUUCGACUCGACACACAUCAUAUGAUGUGGCCUGCUAUGAUAGCUGACCAGCUACUUCACCGUUUGAAGCAAGAAUAUGGCCCUGUACGCUGUCAAGUCCCUUGA